AUGGAGCAGGCAUGCGUUCUGUGUCACCGGUCAGAUGCAGACCCGGACGUCUGCGGGCCAAUAGAGGACUAUCAAGGGAUCUGUGCCCAUUUCUUUUGCCUGGUGAGUUCCUCUGGGGCUGGCUGCAGCUUUGCGACACACCGGCCCUGCCGCGCGCCCCUCAUCAGCUCCUCCUCUCUUCUCUUCUGCAGCGACUGCUUCGUGUGUGGUGAGAGCGGGGCCACCAUCACCUGCCAGGCAACGGGCUGCGACCGCAGGUUCCAUCUCCCCUGUGCCAUGGAGGGUGAAUGCAUCAACCAUUAUAUCCCACCGCACAGCUCCUAUUGCUGGGAGCACCGCCCACGGCAGCAAGAGGAGGUGGCUCCAGGGGGCACCACCUGCCUCAUCUGCCUGAACCCUGUCGAAGGCAGAACAACCUAUGGGACCAUGGUGUGCCCGGUGUGCAAACACGCCUGGUUCCACAGGGCCUGCGUCCAGGUAGGAGCCGUUCCCUCGCCCCAGGCACGGCAGCCUCUCAGCAGCACCAGAGCCUCACUCAUGCUCCUUGUGUUUCUCUUGCAGAAACAUGCUGUUUCCGCCGGCUUUUUUUGCUUACAGUGCCCUCUCUGUAGAAACAGGAAUAUAUUUCUCCAGGAAAUGCUCUUCAUGGGGAUCCAAAUCCCCAGAAGACAAGCGUCAUGGGAGGACAACAGUGCAUAUGCACCACUGUACCAGAGGCACAGCAGCUGCGAUGCCAGGGAGUGCCUUUGUCCAGGAGGCAGGGAGGAGGCAGAGCCAGAGGGACCCUGGCAGCUGCUUCUCUGCCAAUCCUGCGCUGCUGAGGGGACGCACAGACGCUGCUCCAACUUGGGGAACAGCAGGGAGAGAUGGGAGUGUGACAGCUGUGCUGGCGUGGGCACCUCCUCCAGAGUCAGCUCAGAGCUUGCUGGUCCCAGCAGCAGCACCCCAGCAGCAUCUGGGCAGACUCUGGGACCUCCAGCACAGGAGACCAUCAGCCUGAGCACUAGCAGACAGUUGGAUUUGGGGCCAUUCCACGGCUUCCCACUGCCUGAGCACAGCAGCCGCUCCAGCCCCCCUGGGCCUCAUCGACGACGGAAUCGAACCCGGUGUUACCGUCAGACCCAGACUCCCUAUACACGACCAACAAGAGAGCGAGAGAGAAGCCAAGCUGUGAGAGGCACCCACAGCCAGGCGGUGCCAGGGCUGUCCCAGUGCCCCCCAGCAUGUGAGACCCGCAACCGCAGCACCAGAAGACAGCGGCCAUCAGCAUCAUCCCGUGGCUCCAGAGCAAGCCAAAGAGGCAGCACCUCAAGAUGCACGGGGCCUGUGCAGGUGCGAGACCACUCCCGCUUGCAACGUCGGGCCCAAACUCCCACCAUGCGGCGAAAAAGAUGCCGUGAGCACAGCCACACACCAGCACCACGUGCGAAAAGUUGGGCAUCCGGACAGGCUGUGUCAGGGCUUUCCCAGCGCUCCCCAGCAAUUGCGACCAGCAGUGACAGCCAGGAGUCAUCGCUGUCCUCCUGUAGCUCCCAGCAAUCAGGGAGCAGCAGCCCCAGCAUUGACAGGCAGGAGUCAUGGCUGUCCUCCUAUGGCUACCAAGCAUCGGACAGCAGCAGCCCCAGCAGUGACAGGCAGGAGUUAUCGCUGUCCUCCUAUGGCUACCAAGCAUCGGACAGCAGCAGCCCCAGCAGUGACAGCCAGGAGGCAUCGCUGUCCUAUGGCUACCAAGCAUCGGACAGCAGCAGGCCCAGCAGUGACAGCCAGGAGGCAUCGCUGUCCUCCUAUGUUCUCAUUGGUUUAGACAGCAGCAACCCCAGCAGUGACAGCCAGGAGGCUUCGCUGUCCUCCUAUGUCUCCCUUGGUUUAGACAGCAGCUACCCCAGCAGUGACAGCCAGGAGGCAUUAUAG